AUGGUGGUUUCUGUUGACGUGAUCCACACAUUCAAAUACCCGUUAGAGUUUGUCGUGAACACUCAUUUCACAAAGUACCCAAAUGAUAAAGAGAAGUAUGUUCAGAAAAUUGAUACUGUUGAACAAAGCUUUGAUAAAGACAGUGGAGUUAACUACAAGAAGAGAAUAGCAACUUGUCAUAACGUUGUACCAUCCGUCCUCCGUCUGAUAAGUGUUUUGAAUGUGAAAGAAUUUCUCCUGGAAGAGAAGGCUUGGCAGGAUGCCAAAAAACGAUCCCUUUAUCUCAAAAGUCGCAACCUGACUUGGUGUAAAUAUGCAAAUAUGUGGGAGGAGUCAAAGUUCGGACCUUCUCCAGAAAACCCAAACUGGACGCAGUUGAAACAGCAUGGUGUUAUUGACAUUCAAGGCCUUGGAGCAUUUGGCAGAGUCAUUGAAAUGUUUGCAGAGAAAUUCUUGCAUGCUGGAGUGAAAAGAGGUCUGGGAAUUAUGGAGGACUUAUUGUUGGAACGGUAUCAAGCUGAGAUAGGGGAGAUAAAAGACAGGAAAUUUAAGGGACAUUCUGAAGAAUAACCAAGGCCAGAAGGGUAAAACUAGACCAUUUGAAGUACCAAACGUCAAUACUCACACUUCUGUACCGCUGCCAUGUUUAAACUCAA